AUGAUGGGCAAGCCAAAGAGGCAAUCCGCCGGCAAGGCUCGACAGCCAGAGUCAUUGAAUCCGCAGUCAUUCUCGAAUCUAACGGCCAAGAUCGAGGGCAAACUGGGCAAAGCUGCGAAAGACGACAACUCCAAUGAGAACAAGAAACGCAAACACAACUCCGACGAGCCUUUGACGAGCCCGCGCCAACGAAAGAAACAAGCUCAUCGUCGCGACAAGUCCACCAGCGAGCGCGAUGGCACUGCUAUUGAGGUGAAGGGCGGGACAGGCACACGCCUAAAUCGCGAGGAUCUUCUGGAGGAGAUUCGGGCUCUAGGCGGAGAUGAAGAAGACCUGAAGCUCAUUGGAGACAUCGACUCGGACGAUGAAGACGCCACCGAGGAAGCCACCUUAUCCUCUGCUGUUGAUAGAAAGCUUCAGACCGAGCUUGCUGCUUUCGCAGCCCAGCUUGGCCUCCAACAACAUCAUGAAGCAGCAACAACCAAGGAUGCAGAAGAAGAUGGGGAGGAGGAGGCGGAGGAGCAGAGCGAGGCAGAUGACGUCGGCGAAAACGAUGAUCAAUUCGAUGAGGGAGAAGCAACUUCCGAAGUAGAUGGCCACGAUAAAGCCCAUGCACCUCAAGAACCUUCUCGCAAGGAUGUCAAGGAUACGUUCAAGAAGCAGUUCAAAUUCGAACCUCGUGCCGACUGGCACGGGGCGGAACUGAGCCAACUUCCGGAUCCUACAUCUCCUGAAGUGAAUGGCUUCUCUGGUGCUGUUAAUGCUCUCAAAACUCACGCAUAUACUCUUCUGGAGGCGGAUGCGGCGGCGUAUAAUAAGAGCGUUUUGGCAUCAUCUUCUCGAAAGUUCCUCUCCACCAUCAUGUCUUCCGGAACCCUCUCCGACAAAGUUUCUGCUCUCACUUUGGCAAUUCAAGAGUCACCGCUGCACAAUGUCAAGGCUUUUGAAACACUCCUAGGCCUUGCGUCUAAAAGAAGUCGCGCUCAGGCCAUUGGCGCUCUCGGUGCGUUGGUAGAUCUCCUUGGCACUGGUUUGGUUCUACCCCCCAACAGGAGACUGCGCGCCUUUCAGACUCAGCCUGGUCUAAUUGGAGCUCUGCAGCGAUCCUCGGUCAAGAUUUGGAAUCCUAGCCAAGCCUUGCCAGGUCGUUUGACGGAUGCACACCUCAUCCAAUGGGUUUACGAGGACUGGCUCAAAACGUCAUACUUCAAGAUCAUCCAGCUCCUUGAGGUCUGGUGCAAUGAUGAGAUCGAAUACUCUCGCACUCGUUCCAUUGACUUUGUCUACGGCUUGCUCAAGGAUAAGCCCGAGCAGGAGACCAAUUUGCUACGGCUGUUGGUCAACAAGAUGGGCGACAAGGACCGCAAGAUUGCAUCGAGAGUUUCCUACCUUCUGCUUCAGCUUCAGAACACCCAUCCCGGAAUGAAACAGGUUGUCAUCAAGGGCAUAGAGCAGGAGGUUUUACUCCGUCCGGGCCAGACUUUCAGGGCCAAAUACCACGCCACCAAUACUCUGAAUCAGACAAUUCUGAGCAACCGCGAAGGCGGCACGGCAGAAACACUCCUCCGCAUUUAUUUUGAAAUCUUUGUUACUCUUCUCAACAGUUCCGCACUCGGUAAAGCACCUGCCGAAAGCCAGCAGCAUCAUUCUACUAACGACACUGGCGUUACGACUGAAACGGCCGAUAAGUUGGUCACUGCUGUACUGACGGGUAUCAACCGCGCUGUGCCGUUCGUGACUGAGCAAGAUCCCAUCCUCGAAUCUCAAAUGGACACUCUUUUCCGAAUUGCGCACUCGACGAAUUUCAACACCAGCAUCCAGGCGCUGAUUCUCAUUCAGCAAAUAUCUGUUUCAAGGCACCUGGCUUCCGACAGGUUCUACAGAACUUUGUACGAAUCCUUGUUGGACCCGCGACUUGCAAACUCCUCUAAACAGGCUCUUUACCUGAACCUUUUACUGAAGUCUCUCAAGGCCGAUGUUGACACACGACGGAUCAAGGCAUUCGCAAAGCGAAUGUUGCAGAUUCUCAACAUGCAUCAGCCUGCUUUUGUCUGUGGUUUGAUAUAUGUGGUGUUUCAAUUGCGGACUCAAUUUCCCGACCUCAAAGCACUCCUUGAAGAACCAGAGGAUAGUGAAAUAGAAGAGAUAACUAGCCAACGUGUGGCAGAGGAGCAGAACACAUCCGUUUCGAGGGGAAAUGUGUAUGAUGGCCGCAAAAGAAACCCAGAGCACAGCAACGCUCAGAACAGUUGUCUCUGGGAGAUUAUACCCCCACUCACUCACUUCCAUCCGUCCGUAUCGCUUCUAGCUGCAAGCCUGUUCUCCGAUGAGAAGCAGAUGGCUAAACCAGAUUUGGAGAGCCACAGCCUAAUUAGAUUCCUCGAUAAAUUUGUGUACCGCAGCCCGAAGUCAGCAGAAACUGCUAGGGGAGCAUCGAUCAUGCAACCGGUCCGCAACCCCGAUUCCGGCAGCAUCUGGCUCGCGAAAAGAACUGGCUCAGGUGCAGCCGUACCAAUCAAUACACCUAAAUUCUGGAACCAGAAGGUGGAUCAGGUCGCAGCGGAGGACAUAUUCUUCCACGAAUACUUCAAACAAGCUGGCAAGAAGGUUGAGGUUGGUAAGAAGAUCGCUGAGCCAUCCUCAUCUGGACCGGAUGAGGCCAUUGCCAAGGACGACGCGGAGCAAGAGGAUGCGAUCUGGAAGGCACUCACUGCCUCGCACCCCGAUGGCCCAAUUGAAAGUGACGAGGACGACCUUGACAUGGAUGGUUUUGAUGACAGUGAUCAAAACUCUGAUGGCGGCGUCAUAUUCUCCGACGGUUCCGAUGCAGGACUCUCAGAUGGUGACGAAGAUGACAGCGACAUGGAAGCACUCCAGGAUGAGGAGGGAGACGACGAUGAGGAGAUGGAGGAAGAGGAGAGUCCUGAGUUGUCUGCAGUACCCGGGGAGGCUGAAGAGACAAGCGAGAAGAGCAAGAGCACCGCUCGAUCAUCGAAGAGGAAGUUCAAGGACUUGCCUAUGUUUGCUUCGGCAGAUGAUUAUGCCGAACUUUUGGCGGCGGAGGAGGACAUGUAA